ACAUGACUGCCCGUCGUCGAAUCAUCGUAGCCCGGACACCCCCAGUAUGCACGAUAUAUAAAGGCACACACGGAAACAUUUUUCUGCAGUUGCGUCUUUGUGCACAGUUCCACUGUGGUUACCGGCAGCCAUGGAUAUGCUUCCUCUGCAGUUUACCGCGCCUAGUGUGAUUCGUUCAACUGACCUAACACGUCCGGUAUCGUCAGUCACACUAACAGCGCAUGGCAGCAUCAGCAGAAUAAAGGUAACAGAGGCGGCACUGCAGAAAGACGUUUGCGACGACCACGUCGAGGUUGAAGUCCAUUACUGCGGCCUAAACCUCACGGACCACUACUUGCGCUUGGGUAUAAUAAGGAACAGACUGUUCCCGGUUAUCAUGGGCAGCGAAUGUUCCGGCAUCGUGACACGUGUGGGCAGUGCAGUCACCGAUCUGCAGGCGGGCCAGAAAGUGCUGUGUCUGCAAAUGCAAGGUGGUCUGUUUAGGCAUGUUGUCCACGUCCAACGCAAGUACUGCUUUCCGCUGCCAGAAGAUAUUGGCCUAAAAGAUGCCGUCAGUCUUGGUCUAAACUUCGUUGUGGCCCACUUCUGCCUGUAUGAAUUCGGAUGCCUUGCUAACGCGGAAAAAGUAUUUAUGCAGUCGGUCGCAGGUGGUGUCGGCACGGCACUCAUCCAGCUUGCUCAUACCAUGGACAAUGUAGAAGUUGUAGGAACAGCUUCUGAAUCAAAGCACGAAAAGCUCCGUUCCCUUGGCGUAAAGCGGGUAUUCCGUCAUGAUGAAAACUAUGAAAAUGAAAUAUUGCAAGAUUACCCUGAAGGUGUUGAUAUAGUGGUAAACACGAAUGGUGGAAGCGAUCUUGAGAAGUGCUUAAAAAUUCUCCAGCCUGUCGGAAAGUUGGUACUGCUAGGGUCGAACAGCACAGUUACAUACUCAAAAUAUACAUCAUGGGGGUUAAUGCGACCUAAAUGGGAUAGCGGAUCGUUGUCCUCUGCGGAUGUAGUUAGUAAAAACUACUGCAUAGCUGGAGUGAACAUUGGCAUAUGGUUAGACCUUCAUCCGGAGGCAGUGCAGCGAUCUCUAAAUGAAAUAUUUAAGCUGUAUUCCAGUACCAGAAUACAGCCCUGUGUUCACGCUGUUCUGCCCUUUGAAAAAGUGGCUGAAGGCAUGACGCAACUAUGCAGACGUGAGAACUUCGGAAAAGUGAUUCUGGAGGUCAAGCAGAAGGCAGCUGAGACACCAGCUGUGGAAAUUCAAACUGCGGUAGAGCCACAGCCAGGAGCAGUGGAGGACCCAAAAGAAAAAGCUGACCCAGAAGUGCAGAAGGAAGACUCCCUGCCUCCUGCGGAACCAACGGUGGUCGAACCCCCUCAUCUGGAACAAGCAGAAGAGACUGUCGCAGAGGAUACGACUGAUGUCAGCGCGCCUUGAUAAGGCGCAGCUGGAGAUAUCAACCUAUAUGAUGUUGUCAGUACAAAUAAACAAGCUUAAGUUUUUACGUUUUAAUAGCUCUUGGUGCUAAAGCAGCAAUUGCAAGUUAUCCGGUGCUGUAAAUUUAUAAAGCCAAAUGUCAUUUUUAAUGAUAUUUAAUAAUAAAAAAAAUGAGCAGAAGUUACUAAUUCUAUGCGUGAAACACCCCACCCCACCCAACAUCGCAUGUAGAGAACCUGACGUUCAGAUCUGUACCGUUUCUCCGAAAGUAAUACAUGUAUAACGUUUGGCAAUAUAAUUUUAACCUGUAAAGCUAGUCCAGUGUAUAAACUCAGGUGAGCUACCACUUCGUGGUGACAGAACCUCGUAGGGAGUCCUGCUUCCCUUUCUCCAACUAGAUCCAUUUCCCUGCCUGUACUCAAUCUUCUAGACAGUCUGCCAUACAGCAAGAUUUUUCAGAUUACUUUCUUUGUGGACUGUAGGUUGCAUAUGUUAAACUAUAUCCGUUGCUCAAACAGGAAAUAGUUCAGUCUCCCAAAUUAAUGGGAAUGCUUUAUUCCUUGUCAGAGUUGCUCCAUCUUUCUUCUACGAUACAGGGGUGUCAAAACAUUUCAUGAGAAUAGAGCACCGUUGUGGUAAUUGACUAGUCAAAUUGUUAGCAGUAUUUACUUCUGAAACGUCGUUACUCACAGUAAUUUCAGGCCGCGCAGCCGAUAACUGUAAGCUCAUUGGUAUGGCAUAUACUUCGUGGUGCAAACAGAUUUUCUCAGAGUAGUCUAAGUAUCGUAGCUAAAAUGAAUUCUUUUUCAAGCGAAACAUGUUCGUCACUGUCUAAAACAAGUAACUCCCUUCUUCCUAUCCCAUAUGCUCGAUCUGUUUCCGCCUUCUCUUGUAUUUCUGUACAAACUCUCAAGCUGAGAGCUAUUAAGUCUCUGGCUACUUUAUUAGUGUUCAUAAAGUAGUAUCAGUAAUGUAAUCCCACUUUUUUGCGGUGUCUGUUUUUAACUGAAGGCUCUCCGUCGUAGCGUGGUCUUGAGCAUAUUCCUUAAACUUUUGUAUGAUCCUAGUCAUUCGACAUUACAAUUAUCUUGUACCCCUUUCUCCAGUUUCCCUAAAUAAGAUUGUGUGGACAUCUACCUUGAUUCCAGUGUUGCAGACUCACCCGUUUCUAAGAUGGAUACUGGCAUUAUCAAAUUCGUACCGUCAGUACAAGGCAUUCAGGUUAACUUCCGCUUAAUUUCAGUACAAAUGGAGGGGGAAAAGACCUCUGGAGUUCAAAAGUAAGACUACAUAACGCGUAACAACGGACUGAAGUAGCCACACGAGGUUAGGCCUUAAGUUAGCGUCGCGACGAUCUUGCAGAGCAGAACGUUAGAGGUCGAAGGACGUGCUCUAAAACGUCCAUCGGCUAGAACAGUUGACAGCUGAAGUGUCUUUAAAGGUGCCUCACUCCUUAGUCUCUUGCUAGGAUAGUCUCUUCCAUAAAUGUUAGCAUGCCACACAUUCUUUCUCUUUUAAUGUCACUGGUUUUUCGACGUGUUAUUUAGUAGAACGUGCCCAACCCAGUCCACUUCCUGAUGUACUACAGCUUUUAUUAUGUAGGUUACUUAAUUAUUUUGUCUACUUAUUCAAUUUUUUUACAUACUUUAAGUUAGUGAGCCAUAAGCAGCUAUAACACGUGGACUGCCGCGUGGCCACAGCAAAGCCCCAUACGUAAAGCAAAUCUUUCCUAAAUCCGGAUUUCAACAUGUCUGCAGCAACCUUGCAUCGAUACAGACGAUUU